AUGUCGAAGACUCCGGCUAUAACCGUCUUGGUAGUGGCCUUAAUCGCAGUGCUAGCUUUACCGGUUCGCAGCCAGCAACCGCCGCUAAGCCAAUGCACACCGUCUAUGAUGACCACAGUUGGUCCUUGUAUGAGCUUCUUAACCAACAGCACAAGCAAUGGAACCUCACCGUCGUCUGAUUGUUGUAACUCGCUGAGAUCUUUGACUACCGGAGGAAUGGGAUGUCUCUGUCUUAUUGUCACCGGAAGUGUUCCUUUUAAUAUUCCGGUUAACCGUACAACCGCCGUAUCUCUUCCACGUGCUUCUAAUAUUCCUCCAGCUUCUGCUCCUGGACCGGCUGGUACAUUUGGACCGGCGAUGUCUCCUGGUCCAGCGACGACACCAAUUGUUCCAGAGCCAACUCCGUCAGCUCAGGCACCACAGUCCGAUGUAACCCGACCUUUUACACCAACCGUGGACGGUGCAGCUCCUACGUCUGACGACGGAGGAAGCACCAGUCGACCUUCUGUCACUCCUUCAUCCGCCUACACGCUCUCACCAUCUCUUCUCUUCCUCGGCGUCAGCCUCUUAGCUCUCAAAUUCUACUGA